CAAUGAGGUAGCUGCCUAUGUGCUCGGCGCUGCUUUUUCCACGCCAUUAUUUAUUGUUGGCCGUAGCUAUGGGCAGAGCGGAGUCCGGACAGAGAAGUAGCCGCGCGUGUAAAUUUCAUUGCGAGGAGCUGCAGCCUCGAGAAAGAUGGACAAGAUGUCUGCUUCGGCAGCAAUUCCGAAUACAGCGUCCACGAGCGCGUCAAAAGGGCAGCUCUUUGAGAUCCGAGACACGCCAGGAAAAGGCAAGGGAGGCUUCGCACUCGUCGAGUUUGCGCCUGGAGACCUGAUCAUGAGCGAGCGCCCCUUUUUCACCUACUCUACUGGCCUGUCGAGAGGAGCAAUCAUCGCAGCGGUCAAUAGGUUGCCGACUUCGAAGCGGCGCUUGUACGAUUCUUUCAGCAAGAGUAUCGGGCUGAGCACGGAAGGCAUCGCGCUUACGAACUCGCUCCCCAUGCCGGAACAAGGCAAGGUCGGUAUGUUCGAAAACAUCUGUCGCUUGAAUCACGCGUGCCAGCCGAAUGCGCAAUACUUUUGGAACGAUGCAGAGCAACGCGAAGUAUGUCACUGUAUCCGCCCCAUCCCUUCGGGCUCAGAAAUCCUAGUCUCAUACACGACAACCAUCGAUAGCCGCAGCAGACGCGCCGAGCUGAAGGAGGAAUUCGGAUUCGCUUGUCUGUGCGGGCUCUGUGGCAUGCCGGCGCAGCAGCUCAGCGCCUCGGACGCGUCGUGGUCAGAAUUGUCCGACAUUUUCAAUAGUGUGGUGGAGGUUGACAGCGACGCGGACAAUGAGGUGUCUGACGACGAUAACUCGCCGGCACAGACUAUGCGGCUAGUGCAACGCGCACUCCAGAUUAUCGAAGAAGAGCAAGCGCCGCGAUCCCUCGUGCCACGACUGUGUUACGCUGCAUUCAAGGCCUGCGCUGCCUGCUCAGACGAAAAGAACGCGAGGGUAUGGGCUGCACGGGCACAGGAAGGCUAUCGGAUCACCAAGGGCGAGAUGAGUGCCACGAGGAGGAUGAGAGAGCUGCACGAAGAGCCCAGGCGCUGGCGAAGAUUCGGUACCCGGCAAAAGGAAAUCCUUACCAGCUAAUAAGAGCGCAAUUGUAUUUGCAGCACUUGGAUGAAGCUCUUGCAUGAGAGCCCGAGACUGCAAGUAUCCUGGGACAAGUCGGCUACGUCAUCGUCCCAAAAGAUGUUUUCUGGCCCUAUUGCGCGUGGAAUCGACACCGACUGA